AAAAGCUAUACACUUGUUUAUAAAAUAUACUAGCAACUAUUUUUUACAUAGGAUUAGCUUCAACUCAUCUGAUCUAAUCAAUAUCAGGAAAAGAGGCAUGGCUGGAGUGGAAUUGGUGCCUAAGGAAUACGGAUACGUGGUUCUUGUUGUUGUUGCUUACUGCUUUCUCAAUAUCUGGAUGUCUGUUCAAGUAGGCAACGCCCGAAACAAGUAUAAGGUUUUCUAUCCCACCAUGUACGCUUCUGAAAGUGAGAACAAAGAUGCGAAGCUCUUCAACUGUGUUCAGAGAGGGCACCAGAACUCACUGGAACUGAUGCCGAUGAUGUUGGUAUUGUUGGUUUUGGGAGGGAUUAGGCACCCUCUGAUUGCUGCCUCACUGGGAGCUGCGUAUACCCUUACACGCUAUUUCUAUUUCAAAGCCUACUCUACCGGUCACCCCAAAAAUCGCCUUGCAUUUGGGAAUUCGGGCUUCGUAGCUAUGGUUGGGCUUAUCAGUUGCGCUGUGUCGUCUGGAGUGCAUAUGCUCAUUGCAUGACUUCUUCACCUUUCUCUUACACUUGCUCAGUUUUCAAGGGUGUUCCUGCACUACUUAAGUUGUUGUACACUUGUUUCAAGAUAAUGUAUUUGUAAUAUCAGUUAUAUGUAAUUUGAAUUAUGUUAUUUUGUUAUUAUCGUAUUAAUCGGAGCUGCAUCUAUGAA